CGCUAGCGCGGAGGCGGUACCGGGCGCGGCGCAGAGCGGAGCGGAGGAUGCCGCGGGCGGGGGCUGCCGCCAGCCCCGGUCCCGGUUGUGGUAUUGGUGCCGGGCGGGGGGACACCCCACCGCGUCCCACCCGCUGAGCUGCGGCCCGGCCAUGGGGGCUCUGACCAGCCGGCAAAACGCAGGCGUGGAGGAAGUGGAUGUCCCUGCGAAUUCCGUCUACAGAUAUCCCCCGAAAUCCGGGAGCUACUUUGCCAACCACUUCAUCAUGGGCGGUGAGAAGUUCGACUCCACACACCCCGAGGGUUACCUCUUCGGCGAGAACAGCGACCUCAACUUCCUGGGCAACCGUCCUGUGGUGUUCCCUUACGCUGCUCCACCUCCUCAGGAACCUGUGAAGACCCUCAGGAGCUUAAUCAACAUCCGCAAGGACACCCUGCGCCUGGUCAAGUGCUCGGAGGAGGUGAAGACCCCGGGGGAAGAAGUCAGCAAAGCCAAGGUGCACUACAACGUGGAGUUCACCUUCGACACGGACGCCCGUGUGGCCAUAACCAUCUACUACCAAGCCACCGAGGAGUUUCACAAUGGGGUGGCAAGCUACAUCCCCAGGGACAACAGCCUGCAGUCGGAGACAGUGCACUACAAGCGAGGGGUGUGCCAGCAGUUCUGCCUGCCCUCCCACACCGUCGACCCCUCCGAAUGGAGCGAGGAGGAGCUGGGCUUUGACAUGGACCGGGAGGUGUACCCCAUGGUGGUGCAAGCUGUGGUGGAUGAAGGAGAGGAGCACAUCGGGCACUGCCAUGUGCUGCUGGCCACCUUUGAGAAGCACAGCGAUGGCACCUUCUGCGUGAAGCCUCUCAAGCAGAAGCAAGUGGUGGAUGGUGUGAGCUACCUUCUACAGGAGAUCUACGGCAUCGAGAACAAGUACAACACGCAGGACUCCAAGGUGGCCGAGGACGAGGUGAGCGACAACAGCGCCGAGUGUGUGGUCUGCCUGUCGGACGUCCGCGACACCCUCAUCCUGCCCUGCCGCCACCUCUGCCUCUGCAACACCUGCGCCGACACCCUGCGCUACCAGGCCAACAACUGCCCCAUCUGCAGGCUGCCUUUCCGAGCCUUGCUUCAAAUCCGAGCCAUGAGGAAGAAGCUGGGACCCCUCUCGCCCACCAGCUUCAACCCCAUCAUCGCCUCGCAGACCUCCGACUCAGAGGAGCACUCGUCCUCGGAGAACAUCCCCCCGGGUUAUGAGGUGGUGUCGCUGCUGGAGGCUCUCAACGGGCCGCUGACGCCCUCACCGGCUGCCCUGCCCCGGCGAGUGCUUGGGGACCCCCCGGGAGCAGGGACCCUGCCCUCCUACGGCAGCGAGGGUCCCCUGCCCCCCCUGCGGGCGCUCUCGCCCCUCGAGCGUCUCCCCGACUGUGGUCCUCCGGGGCUCAAGCUGAAGAAGAGCCUCUCCAAGUCUAUCUCACAGAACUCCUCCAUUCUGCCCGAAGAGGAGGACGAGAAGUCCUGCACUGAGUCGGAGCUGAGGGUCCCCAGGAGAUCCCCUGGCCGGUGCGAGGAGGAAUGUGGAGCCACACCAGAGAGUGAAAACCUCACCCUGUCGUCGUCAGGAGCCAUCGACCAGUCCUCGUGCACCGGGACCCCUCUCUCCUCCACCAUCUCCUCCCCAGAAGAGCCUGUCAGCAGCAGCCUGGCUCAGUCCGUCAUGUCCAUGGCCUCCUCCCAGAGCCAGCACUCCCAGCUCAGCACUGACACCGUGUCCUCCAUGUCUGGCUCCUACGUUGCUCCUGGCACAGAGGAGGAGGAGGAAGGGGACAUGCUCCCCUCGCCUGUGGCUGCCAGUGCCACAGCCUCUGAUGGAGAGUCGACGCCUGUGGAGUCUCCAGACCUGAACUUCGUCAGCAUCUCGGCGGAGGAGCGUGACGCCGAGGGCAACGAUGUGCUGGAAGAUGAGGACGCCUCUCCCACGCAGGAAGACGGCCCGAGGACAGGAGCUUUCCUCGGUCUGAGGUGUGACAAUAACAAUGACUUGGGCAUCGCACACGUGAGAGCGCUGGACAAUAAACUGUGCUCUGAGGCCUGCUUACCUGCUGCCGGGCCGGACUCCUGCCCCAUUAACAUUGAGGAAUAGGCCCAGAGGCAGCCAACAACAACCUGCUGCUGCAGCAGGCACCCUGACCCCAGCACCCCCCCAGCACCUGAGACCUGGAGCAGGCAGUGGCCGCCCUGCCCUUGUGAGGGCUCAGCCUCGGUGGGGGUAUGCACCCCAUUGCCCACUCGGAGUGACCCUGGUGUCCAGGUGCUGUGGGCACCUCCACUCCCUCCCCUCAGCUGCAGCAGGACUGAUUUUCAACAGCAAAGAUGGUAACCUCGACUUCUCCUCCCUAGGCCCCCUGUGCAGAGCAGGGGACAGAAGCCAUGUCACUUUGGAGCCUCUCAUUGUCACCUCCCUAUCCUCCAGCCUUCACAGGGAUGGGCUGGGGUCUCCUCCCACCCCUGACCAUCUUACGCCUUUGGGCUCCUUUCCUCCAGCAUGCAGAGCAGAUAAGACAAGGUCACCCCACAAAGGGGGGCUCUGGGACUUAGCCAGAGGGGAGUGAUGGGAGGGAGGUGGCCAGACGUGUGGGUUAGGGAUGAGUGUUGGCUUUGGCCUCCUCAGUGCACGAACCAGUGACCUCCACAGGGGCUGGGCCUUCCCAGGUCGCUGGCCCAGGUCCCUGCCAUGCCACGGGGUGUCCUCAUUACUGCACUGCUGCUGAUGCUGUCCCCUUGGCCCUCCCCCAUCCACCCCUGCUCUUUCCCUGGGUAGCAAGUGGACCCUUGGGCUAGCCAUGACAUUGUUUUUCCCAAGGGGAUGGAAUGGGGUGGCAGGGGUGGGCAGGGGACCUUGUACCCCUUGCCCAAGUCACCAGCCUCUGGGGCAUCACUAAUUUAACCUCACCGUCUUCCGCGCGCUGCGAGCUUGGGCUCGGGGCUGUGCUCUCUCUGGACCAAGUGCCAAAAGUGUCACCUCCCAUCCUACCCUCCCUGCCCUCUCCAUUGCACUUUGUAGCAGGGGGUGGAUGAGGCUGUGGGAGCUGCCCCCCAGCCCCUCCAUCUCCAUCUCUCUGGCCAGCAUUGGGCUGACUGUAAGCAGGGGACAGGCAUGCAGGGACGCCAGUGGGGUAGGGAUGCAGCCACAGACCUUGGGGCUGUUGGCAGAGCCUUGACUCUACUCCAGAGAGCAUCAGGGACAGUCAGAAGCCACUUCGAGGAGCAUCAGGCCCAGCAUCCCAAUCUAGCAAGCUCUGUAGCUGUUUGGGACAGCCCAGGGAGGUAGGAGCUGAGCCCUCCUUUUCCCUCUACUUGUUUUUCUCUGUCAUGAACCCCGGGACACCUCGUGACACAGCUGUGACAGCAAAGACACCUCCUGCUUGCAGGAGAAAACCACAUUUCAGAGCUAUGCUAGGACAGAGAAGUUCAUGCAGUGAAGGCAAUGUCCCCCAGCAGCUGCACGGUGUGUGUGAGGGGCACGUCCACACUGCCCAUCCCCAAUGGCCGUGGCUCCUAAAGGGGCACAGAUCCCUUUUGUGGGCCAGGGAAUGUUUUCUCCACCUGGUCACAGCCAGGGCCAUGGUAGCUGCUUGCUUCAUGGCCCUGGUAUGGGUCCUGUUGCAGGAGAGAGUCAGUGUUAGCUAUCCCAUGGCUCCCUCCACCCCACCAUGGCUCCCAUCAGCUCAGUACUCCCAAAUUUCUCCAUGGAAAGAUGGGUGCUGGAUGUGGGGUGACAGCUCUGAACUGACUGCCCCUGUGAUGGGAGCUGCUGACAGCAGAGAGAGCCAGAGUGGUGCCAUCAAGCCUUGUGCCCCACUCAGGGACACGCUGCCAUGGUGGGGGGUAACCCACAGCUUUGGGUGUCCCAGCCUUGAGGAGCACCGGGCACAGGGAGAGCAUUGGGGGUUCACUGUCGUGUCGAGCUGACAAAACCAGGGGGGCCCAGGAGGCCAACUGCUCCCCCACCCUCCAGCAUGGGCAGGGGAGGGAAAAUUGAGCUGAUGCUCAAGGGUGGUUCAUCUACCAAAGUCCAACCUUCCUUGUGGUUUUGAAGGGGCUGAUAAGAGCUCUCUAACCUGGCCGGGCACCAUGGUGUAUGGCUGCAGCUGUGCUGGUGGCUGCCACCAGGUCAGGGUAGAACAGGCAGGUCCUUGCUCAGGAGAGUUCUGGGAGGUGCCAGGAGGGUUUCCUGGCUGCUCCAAGCUGUGUCCCCAAGGCUGCAGGAAUGGCCAAGCAAGCUCGUGGGGUGGCUGUAGUAGCAGGAUGGCUGUGUGUGGGCACCUGCUGCUCACUCAGAGGGACCAAGCUGCUGGUGAAGACUAUGGGAGCUGGGAGGAUGCUGCAGCUGAGUGGCGUGCUGCUGCCUGAGCGUGAGCAAAGAAAUCCUCCACCACUGCACAGGAGAGAUGGGAUUUGGCCAUGGCUGACACCAGUGCCAUCCUGAGCCACCCAGAAGGGACAAAGGGUGGGCAAAAGCCUCCAGUGCCAGCAGCGUGGGGUGAAAGGCAGCAGCCUCUUGUCUCAUGGGCAGCCUCUUGUUCCAGAGCUCCACCCAUCAGGGAUUUAAGGAAGGAAACCAGGUUGCUGCUUCCAACUUUGCUUUGAGCAUGUUUUGGAUUUUCAGAGUAUGUUUAAUAAAGGGUAUCUUACAUUGACAAA